AUGGAUGACACGGAAAGCACUACUACAUCAGCUGAUGAGAACACUGGUAACCUGUGCGAUAAUCCAACUAGGGACACCCUAGCUGAAGGCCUUCUUGGGCUUUUAAAGCCCACAGUCGAUCAGCUAGAUGACAGAGUACGAGCAACAAGAAUUGCUCAGUUAGAAUUGAAACAACAGAUUGACUCACUGAAUGAAGAGUUGCAAAGAGUAAAAGAAGCUUUAAAUAACCAUCCAGACUUAGAUCCCUAUGUAAAGAAGCUUAUUGCAUGCAAACACAAAGUUACUGUAGUAUUAAAUGUAUUGCAGGCAUCACAGGACAGAUUAAAUGAAAUAAGGCAUAUGAUACACAAAAAAAGGGCUGCAUACUCACAACCUGAGAAGACAGAGCCAGAGCAAACUGAAGACAGCUUCCUCCUAAUAGAUGCCUUAGAGAAAGAUCUUAAAUUUCUGCAAUCACAGAAUCCACUAUAUUGUUUAGAAAUUGGGUCAGGUAGCGGAAUUGUUAUAACUGCAUUAGGAAUGGCAUUACCUAACUGUGUAUACUUCAGCACCGACAUAAAUUUUAAAGCAUGUGUUAUGUCUAAGAGUACAUCAAAUUACAAUAAAGUCGAUCUGGAAAGUGUCAAUAUGAACCUAGCAUCAUGUUUCAUUGACAAUCAAUUUGAUGUUGUUAUCUUUAAUCCACCAUAUGUAGUGACCGAGUCACUGGAAUGUAAUAGCUACGGAAUAGAAGCUAGCUGGGCGGGUGGUGUCAAAGGGAGAGAAAUAAUAGAUAAACUUUUAGAAAUGCUACCAAAGAUAUUAACAGAUCAAGGCAUCUUCUACCUCCUACUCAUAGAAGAGAACAUUCCUGAAGAAGUUGUAGAUUUAAUGAUGCGAAAAGGCUAUAAGUCAGAACUUAUUAUUAUGAGAAGAGUUAAAAAUGAAAAACAAUUAGUCUUUAAAUUUUAUAGAUAA